AUGGCUUCGAAGCAGGUGACAAAGAGAUUACUACACGAGUUGCGCUCCUAUGAAAAGGAUCCAAGUGAUGCACUACUCCACCUCGGCCCCAUCAACGAUCAAGAGUUGACCCACUGGACCGCCGUACUCAAAGGCCUCCCAGACACCGCAUACCAAAAUGGCCUCUGGAAACUCAACAUUAUCAUUCCAGACACCUAUCCCAACAAACCCCCUACAAUCACUUUUGUAACGCCCAUCUGCCACCCAAAUGUGCAUUUCAAGACCGGGGAGAUAUGUCUGGAUUUGUUGAAGUCAAGUUGGAGUCCGGUGUAUUCGAUCAGACAGACGCUGGAAGCUGUGCAGCAGCUGCUUACUUCUGCUGAGCCUGAUAGUCCGCUGAAUAUUGAUGCUGCACAGCUGUUGCGUCAGGGUGAUCAGCUGGGUUAUGAGGCUUUGGUGCGUUUCUAUACUCAGACGCUGAUGUGGAACGGAGAAUGA